AUGAAUUCCGUUUUUCUUCUUCUUUUUCCUUUUGCGUUUUUUGUCGCUUUUUCCGCAUCUACCAACAAUUACAAAAUUGUUUCUUAUUACGUCAAAAUUCGUCCAAAUGUCGAAGAAAAUACCUACAAUAUCGAGGAAACCAUUAAUUUCGAAGUGAUUGACGAAGUCAAAGAGAUAAAGUUGAAAAUUGGAAAGAAUUUGGACAUUGAGGACAUCUCUGUGUCAGCUGCUGAAUACACUUUACGAGGAAAUCCACUUUAUUCGCAAUAUACUUUUGAAAAGAAGGAUUUGAGCUAUAAUAAGAAAACUGAAAUUCUGACGUUGAAUCUUAAUAACGCUGAAGUUACCAAAAAAUCAUCGUCCGAAGGCUCAUACUUUUUGAUUCGAUGCAAAGGAAAAAUGGCUGACGAUUCUAAAAAUGGAGCAAUUUAUGUGACAAAAAAAGGUGAAAUUAUUGGAAAUUUGAAGGAGGCGGCACACUCUGUGAUUCCAUAUAUCGAUUCUGGAAAGUCGAAGAUAAACUUGAACGUUGUUACUGACAAAAAACACAAAGUUGAAGCAAAAGGAAUUGAAGUUUCGAGCGAAAAAACGUUCAGCAUCGAGGAUGGAGUGAAUCAAAAUGAUUUUAGCUCAAAAAAGGAAAUCGGAUUCGAUCAAAUCAGUUUCAAAGUUAUUGCAAUUUAA